AUGGAUGUUAUCCGGCAUACAGAACAAGAGGAGGAGGCCCUCUUCUCAGGAGAAAGCACAAUUUCCGUUGGGGGGGGUAGUGACAGCUGCAGAGCGGGCCGCCACCCCCCCAAACAAGCUCCAGCCUCUCAUCUAGGGAAACUGCUAAAUCAACACCACGCAGUUGCAGGGAGGAAGAGCUGGCCGCAGUCUGCCAGCAGGGCUCUCAAAAAAGGGUUGGAAGGGGCUCCGGGUCCCGGUUCCCGGGUCCCGGGUCCCAGUGCCAGUUGGAACCCGGGGUACGGAAGUCUUCGGGGAGGAGAUCAGGUCAAGCUUAGGGCAAAUGAUCCCAACUGCAGGGACCGACACCCCCACCCCCGCGAGCCAGGGCAGCUGAGGUGGCGCCGGGCGUUCAAAUCGCGCUCCAAACAAGUCCGCAGCGACCGCGCUCGCAGCCCCCGCCAGGCGGCCCCAGCGGAAAACUUGAAAGGGACUCUGUUUGCCCGCGGCCCCGGGGCGGCUCCGGCGGGGGCGAGGGCAGAGCGAUCACCCACGCCCCCCUUCGCAGCGCUUCCUGAGCGAACGCGGGGAUGGGGGCGGCUGGGCCCACUACAAAACCCGGGGCUCCGAACGGCGCCCGAGGGGCGAGGAAAGGCGGGGAUAGAGAGGUGGCCCGCCACCCCCGCCCCGUCCAGCACCCCCAACCCGAGAACCCGGCUCCCAGACCACCCAGGGUUCAAGGGUCAGAAAAUUAACACAUUCCUCCCGCGGCGGCUCAGCUCCUCGUCCCGGGGAAGCGAAGGGGCGGGGGCCGGGCCGAACUUCAGGGGUAAAUUCGGGGCCCGAGCUGCGGGGCAGGAGCCUGGAACGCCAGCCCCCACCCCACCGCCGCAGCCAGGGGAACACCCCUAUUCUCCCUCCCUGGCUUUGCAAGCCGCUCGGCCCACGCAGGGCUCGGGAGGCAGCCCCGAAGACUCCCCGAGGCUGGGGAGGAAGGGAGUGAGGCCGCGGGCGCGGUGGAGGUGGAGGGUAGAGUGGAGCCUGAGGCGGGGAGCGCGCACCAGCGAUCUCCAAGCAGCCGCCCCCGCGGUCGGACGCCCGCAGACAGUGAGUGAUCUGCGACCGAGCACACUGCGGCUUGGGGAGGCUUGGGUGUAACAGCGGCCACCGAACGAUCACGGCGCUAGGUCUCCCAGCCUCUGGGGCUCCGCGGCUCAGGCUGCGGGCGCCCCCCGCCCCUCCCAAACACAGACCCCCUCCCUCCCGGUUCCCGGCUCUCCGCACC